AACGCGGAGGGAAUUUUUUGUCGAAUUGCUAGGUUGGUAACACUGUUCGUUCUUCGCGAAAUGCACGCAUUGAGACGCUCGGAUUUAGAAUGUUACUUGAAAAUCUACGUUGAAUUAAAUGAAACUUUGUUAGUGAGUGACAAGUGCUGUGAUUACUCUUCCGAAAAGUUGUAUUUAGGUUCGCCUCCAGUGAGUAUUAGUGACUGUUUUGGGUGACCAACAAAGUUACGAGAAGUGCGUCGAAAGUUGAAACAUGGUGCCGCUAGGACCCGGGCCUGGCCAUCCUACCGCACACCAAACUCACGGCGGGCCAUCUACUAAUUUAUCCGGUUCAAAUUCGUUAUCACAAAGUUCCUCUCAGUCUAACAAGUCGUCAGUAGCGAAGCCGAACUACACAUUAAAGUUCACACUCGCGGGGCACACGAAGGCUGUGUCGUCGGUUAAAUUCAGCCCAAAUGGAGAAUGGCUUGCGAGCUCCUCUGCUGACAAACUCAUUAAAGUGUGGGGAGCUUAUGAUGGCAAAUUUGAGAAGACUAUAUCCGGACACAAGAUGGGCAUCAGUGACGUUGCAUGGUCCUCCGACAGCCGGCUGAUUGUCAGUGCUAGUGAUGACAAAACUUUAAAGGUCUGGGAGUUAAGUUCUGGCAAAUGUUUGAAGACGCUGAAAGGUCACAGUAACUACGUGUUUUGUUGCAAUUUCAACCCACAGAGUAAUCUUAUAGUAUCUGGAAGUUUUGAUGAAAGCGUUCGAAUAUGGGAUGUACGAACAGGUAAAUGUUUGAAAACGUUACCAGCACAUUCAGAUCCAGUAUCAGCGGUGCAUUUCAACAGAGACGGAAGCCUCAUUGUAUCCUCAAGUUAUGAUGGUCUAUGUCGAAUCUGGGACACAGCCUCCGGACAGUGCCUAAAAACACUCAUAGACGACGACAACCCACCAGUGUCCUUUGUAAAGUUCUCUCCCAACGGCAAGUACAUCCUCGCUGCUACUCUGGACAACACAUUGAAGCUCUGGGACUACAGCAGAGGCAAAUGUCUCAAGACGUACACAGGGCACAAGAACGAAAAGUAUUGCAUUUUCGCCAAUUUCAGCGUCACUGGUGGAAAGUGGAUAGUAUCGGGCUCAGAGGACAACCUGGUGUACAUAUGGAACCUGCAGUCGAAAGAGAUAGUACAGCGGCUGUCCGGCCACACCGACACAGUGCUGUGCACGGCGUGCCACCCCACCGAGAACAUCAUCGCGUCCGCGGCGCUCGAAAACGACAAGACCAUAAAGCUCUGGAAGAGUGACACGUAAUACUGAUUGGAAACACACGCACAGACAGCGUUUUA